AUGGAUGAACUUCGAGAAUCUCAAGAAAAAAAAGUUCAAGUGGCACUUGAUAUGGGUGAGGUUGAAAAUGGUAAGGGAUUGAAUCAAGAACUUGGUCUUGCUAGAGCUGCCAAUACUCAAACAGAUUUGCUUAUUGGAGUUGCUUGCUUGAAUCCAGUUGACUCAUUUUCUAGUUUUGACAUCAAGAACAUAUUGAGAAUGGUUGAAUUAUAUCCUGAUGAUUUUGGUGAAAAUGUAAUGGUUACUCUUAGGAAUCAGCUAGAGACUUAUAUAAUUGAUGUCCGUGAUGUUGAUAAAAGGUUCUCCAACUUAAAAGGGCUUGGCGAUCUUUUUGAAAUGCUAGUUAAGGUAAAGAAGCAUUUAAAUUAUCCUCCUGUGUUUCGCCUUAUAAAAUUUGCGUUGCUCCUACCGGUUGCUACUGCUAUAGUUGAAAGAGCUUUCUCGGCAAUGAAGUUGAUCAAGAGUGAAUUGCGAAAUCGAAUGGAUGAUGAUUUUCUGAGUAGUUGUAUGGUGCCUUAUGUAGAGAAAAGAAUAUUUAAUACUAUUUCUGAUGAGAGUAUUAUGAAUAGGUUUCAAGAAAUGAAAACUCGUAGAAUAGAAUUGUAA